AUGACUAUGAAACUUAACUCUGUUCUCUUGAUUGGAGGCUCUGGUUUCCUCGGUCUACACUUGAUCGAACAAUUUUACAGACAUUGCCCUAACACAAAAUUAUAUGUGUUUGACGUGCGUCCAUUGCCUGACAAGUUGGCUUCCUAUUUUACGUUCCCGCCAGAACAGAUUGGAUUUUUCAAGGGAGACUUAACUUCUGAAAAAGAUGUGUCAGAGGCCAUAAGCGAGUCCAAAUGUGAUGUUAUUGUUCAUUCUGCUUCACCUAUGCAUGGGUUAGCGCAAGAAAUUUACACGAAAGUCAAUGUUCAAGGUACACAGAAUGUGAUUGAGGUUGCUAAGAAGUUGAAAGUCAAAGCUUUGGUCUAUACAUCAUCUGCCGGUGUGAUAUUCAAUGGUCAAGACGUCAAAAAUGCCAAUGAAUCGUGGCCAUACCCAGAAGUCCACAUGGAUGGAUACAAUGAAACAAAGGCAAUCGCCGAAGCAGCAGUUAUGGAAGCUAACGAUAAGAACGGGUUGUUAACCGUGUGUCUCAGACCAGCCGGUAUAUUUGGUCCUGGGGACCGCCAAUUAGUUCCUGGUCUAAGGGCAAGUGCCAAGUUGGGCCAAUCGAAGUUCCAAUUAGGCGAUAACAACAACUUGUUUGAUUGGACAUAUGUGGGAAAUGUUGCCGAUGCUCAUGUUUUGGCAGCACAGAAAGUAUUGGAUCCAUUGUAUGCAGAAAGCCUUGGUGGAGAAACCUUCUUUGUCACAAAUGAUGCCCCAACCUAUUUCUGGACUUUGGCCAGAACUGUUUGGAAAGCUGAUGGUUACAUUGAUAAGUAUUACAUUAAAUUGAAUAGGCCCGUUGCAAUCGUCUUGGGUUAUUUCUCAGAAUUCUUCUCAAAGUUGGCUGGAAAGGAGCCAGGUAUUACACCUUUUAGAGUGAAGGUUGUCUGCGCUCACCGUUAUCACGACAUCAUCAAAGCGAAAACAGUUCUUGGUUACAGGCCAGCAGUGGAUUUGGAACUUGGUAUUCGCUACACCUUGGAAUGGAUGGACGAAACUUCAUGAUUCUGCUCUAAAAUGUAAAUAUAAAUACUACUCAUAUGAAUUUUAUUAAUCAGACACUAAUU